UAUGUGACAAAAAGGUAGCAACAUUCAAAGAGUUGCAGUUUUUGUAAGUGAAAAAACAAGCCAUGGAUAUAGUUGCUAUGAUACAAAGCAUGGAUCCAUUGCCUAUGGCCCUUCUUUUCAUCAUCCCUUUCUUAUUGCUCUUAGGCCUCAUAUCUCGGCUUCGUCGAAGACCAUUCCCUCCAGGCCCCAAAGGCUUGCCUCUCAUCGGCAACAUGAUGAUGAUGGACCAGUUAACUCACCGUGGACUGGCCAAGCUAGCUCAUAAAUACGGUGGCAUAUUCCAUAUGAAGAUGGGGUACCUGCAUAUGGUUACUAUUUCAAACCCUGAAAUGGCUCGCCAAGUGCUUCAGGUCCAAGAUAACAUUUUUUCUAACCGGCCAGCCAACAUCGCCAUCAGCUAUCUAACGUACGAUAGAGCUGAUAUGGCUUUUGCUAAUUACGGACCCUUUUGGAGGCAGAUGCGAAAGAUUUGUGUAAUGAAGGUUUUCAGUAGGAAAAGAGCUGAAUCAUGGGAGUCAGUGAGGGAUGAAGUUGAAUCCAUCGUUAAAGCUGUUGCGGCCAACACCGGAAAGUCUAUAAACAUGGGCGAGUUGAUCUUCAACCUUACCAUGAACAUCACUUACAGGGCGGCUUUCGGUUCCAGUAACAAACACGGGCAAGAGGAGUUCAUCAAGAUCUUACAAGAAUUUUCCAAGCUUUUUGGUGCUUUCAAUAUAGCUGAUUUUAUCCCGUGUAUGACAUGGUUCGAUCCUCAAGGGCUCACCGCAAGGUUGAAGAACGCUCGUGGUGCAUUAGACAAGUUCAUCAAUACCAUCAUCGACGACCACAUCCAGAAGAGGAAGACAAACAUCGACAAUGGCUCUCCUGAAGGUGACACCGAUAUGGUCGACGAUUUACUUGCUUUUUACAGUGAAGAAGCUAAAGUAAACGAACCCGAGGAUCUACAAAAUUCCAUCAACCUCACAAAAGAUAACAUCAAAGCUAUUAUCAUGGAUGUGAUGUUCGGCGGGACGGAGACGGUGGCGUCGGCGAUUGAGUGGGCCUUGACGGAACUGAUGAAGAGCCCGGAGGAUUUGAAGAGAGUACAGCAGGAGUUGGCGGAGGUGGUGGGUCUCGACCGCCGUGUGGAAGAAUCCGAUAUCGAGAAACUAACGUACCUGAAGUGUACUCUCAAAGAAACCCUCAGGCUCCACCCGCCAAUUCCGCUGCUGCUCCACGAAACCGCGGAGGAAGCUGUGGUGGCGGGGUAUCAAAUUCCGGCGAAGUCGCGCGUGAUGAUCAACGCGUGGGCCAUUGGCAGAGACAAGGGUUCAUGGGAAGAUGCAGAGAGUUUCAAGCCAUCGAGAUUCCUGAAAGAAGGUGUCCCGGACUUCAAAGGAAGCAACUUCGAGUUCAUUCCGUUCGGGUCGGGUAGGAGGUCGUGUCCGGGUAUGCAACUCGGGUUAUACUCGCUUGAUUUGGCUGUGGCUCAUUUGCUUCACUGUUUCACGUGGGAAUUGCCUGAUGGGAUGAAACCGAGUGAACUCGACAUGAGUGAUGUGUUUGGACUCACUGCACCUCGGGCGACUCGACUCUAUGCUGUGCCAAAGAAACGCUUGAUUUGUCCACUCAAUUAAUGGACAAAAUAAAACAGGGGAUGAAGAUGAAGAAAGUGACAAAGGUGACUUUGAAAGUGGGAUUUUGGGUUCUUUUCUUUUCUUUUUUUCUUUUUCUAUACUUUUGGGGAAAAAAAAGGCAAGAUUUCAAGAACAAUAACUGGAAAAAAAGGGAAAGAGAUAAAAGGGAAAAAAACUCUCUCUCUCUUUUUUUUUUUUUUAAAUAUUGGAACAUUAAUAAAGAUUGUGAAGAAAAAAAACAUAUAUAUGAUUUGAAUGGAUGCAUUAAAGAAAUGCACUCACUUCACAUACCUUAUCUUCUUAUAGGGUUUAAUUGUAUGAAAUAUAAUAAAAUUUUAAAAUACUUUCGUGAA